AAGAGCGGAAUAACAAUUAAGCUUAAACUUCACCUUUAACACUUGACGUCGGACGAGCGCUUUUCAUUGAGAAGUUGUCGACGGCAAGGAGUGGACCGGAACACGUUUUAAUUAAAAAAUUGAUAACGCGUACCACAUAAGGUGCGAACAAAUAAGUAUCUGCUCAGAGUAAAUGAUACUUUUACCGAAAAUGAUGCGUUGUCAUGGAUCGAAUUAAAGGACAUUGAUCAAUACUACACACACACUUUCAAAUCGAUCAAAAUCGAAUGACGUUACAAUGUAACUUCUGUCAUAGAGGCUGGUGAUGAGAGACUCACUGUUGCGACAAAAGCAGUAACGCAGUCCACAGCAUUGGCCACAAUUAAAUGACAUGACUUCUUCAACCAAGUCUGUUGUCGCGGAAGUUAAUGGUUCAGUGAUCAAAGGAUAGCUGGACAAAGAGUCGGUCAGAAUGGAAGGACGAGACGCUGUUACUUCUUCUGAAGAGUCUGGUGUGACGGAAGUAAAUGAUUCAGUUUACAACGGACAGCAAGGCAUAGAGACGGUAACAAUUGAUGGACGUGCCGCGAUUACUUUUGCCACAGAGGCUGGUGUGACGGAAGUCAAUGCUACAAUUAUCAAAGGACAACAUUUCUUAGAGUCGAUGACAAUGAAAGGAUGUGACGCUGUUACUUUUGCCACGGAGGCUGGUGUGACGGAAGUCGAUGCUACAGUAAUCAAGAGACAUCAGGCCAUAGAGUCUGCAACAAUGGAAGGACGUGACGAGGUUACUUCUGCCACAGAAGCUGGACUGACGGAAGUCUAUGCUACAGUGAUCAAAGGACAGCAGGUCAUAGAGUCUGUCUAUAUGGAAGGAAGUGACGCUGUUACUUCUGCCAGAGGGGCUGGUCUGACGGAAGUCAAUGUUACAGUAAUCAAAGGACUUCAGGUCAUAGAGUCGACCACAAUAGAAGGACGUGAAGAGGUUACUUCUGCCACAGAGAUUGGUCUGACGGAAGUCCAUGGUACAGUGAUCAAAGGACAGCAGGUAACAGAGUCAGUCACAAUGGAAGGAAGUGACGCUGUUACUUCUUCCACAGAGGCUGGUGUUACGGAAGUCAAUGCCACCGUGAUCAAAGGACAGCGGGUCGUAGAGUUAGCAACAAUUGUAGGAUGCGACGAUGUUACUUUUGCCGCUGGAGCUGGUGUGACGGAAGUAAAUGCUACAGUGAUAAAAGGACAGCAUGUCAUAGAGUCGGCCACAGUGGAAGGUCGUGGCGAUAUUAAUUCUGCCACAGAGGCUGGUGUAAAGGAGGUCAUAACUACAUUGAUCAAAGAUAAAGAUGUAAUAGAGUUGGCAACAAUAGAAGGGUGUGAUGCAGUUACUUCUGCCACAGAGGCUGGUGUGACGGAAGUCAAUGCUACAGUGAUCAAAGGACAGCAGGUCAUAGAGUCAGUCACAAUGGAAGGAAGUGACGCUGUUACUUCUUCCACAGAGGCUGGUGUGACGGAAGUCAAUGCUACGGUGAUCAAAGGACAGCGGGUCGUAGAGUCAGCAACAAUGGAAGGAUGCGACGCUGUUACUUUUGCCACUGGAGCUGGUGUGACGGAAGUCAAUGCUACAGUGAUCAAAGGACAGCAUGUCAUAGAGUCGGCCACAGUGGAAGGUCUUGACGAUAUUAAUUCUGCCACAGAGGCUGGUGUAAAGGAGGUCACAGCUACACUGAUCAAAGGUGAAGAUGCCAUAGAGUUGGCCACAAUAGAAGGAUGUGAUGCGGUUACUUCUGCCACAGAGGCUGGAGUGACGGAAGUCAAUGCUACAGUGAUCAAAGGACAGCAGGUCGUAGAGUCAGUCACAAUGGAAGGAAGUGACGCUGUUACUUCUUCCACAGAGGCUGGUGUGACGGAAGUCAAUGCUACAGUGAUCAAAGGACAGCGGGUCGUAGAGUCGGCAACAAUGGAAGGAUGUGACGCUGUUACUUUUGCCACUGUAGCUGGUGUGACGGAAAUCAAUGCUACAGUUAUCAAAGGACAGCAUGUCAUAGAGUCGGCCACAAUAAAAGGUCAUGACGAUAUUAAUUCUGCCACAGAGGCUGGUGUAAAGGAGGUCUCGGCUACAAUGAUCGAAGGUAAAGAUGUCAUUGAGUUGGUAACAAUAGAAGGAUGUGAAGCGGUUACUUCUGCCACAGAGGCUGGUGUGAUGGAAAUUUCUAUACAAGCCAAAACACAUCAAAGUGAAUUACAAUCAAUUGGCGACAAGUUAAAAGCGGAUCUGACAGAUAUCAAGACACAAAACGAGGGCGAGGAUUUCGCUCUUCAAUGCAGCGAUCUUUUAAGCCGAUUGAUCGACCAUUACCGUGACAGUGUUAUUUGCGUACCCCUGUCUACAUUGAACCCCAGUCUCGAUAUCCGAGUACAAGAAAUAUAUGCCAAUCAAAAAAUACACAAGAUGAAAAUUGAAAAAGAUGGUGAACGCGUGAAACAAGAACAAAUAUACAAAUAUAGAGAUUGCUUUUGCGGAGAGUUUAAACGUAUAUAUUUACAAGGUGAGCCUGGCAGCGGAAAAUCGUAUUUUGCUGCCAAAUUAGUUCACGAUUGGUGUAAUGUGCAUGCGCCGAUCGUGAAAUCUACAAACGAACAAAUGAUGUUUGGUGACGUUGAUACCCUUCAGAAAUUCAGGUUUCUGUUUUUCAUCUCGUUGCGCGAUUCGAGAGAACAGACACAUGUAACGCAGAUGAUAAAAACCCAGCUCAUCUACAAAAUCUACGCAGAAGACGCAUGGGAGAGUGCGUACAAACUGGUCUUAAAAAUCAUGAAAAAUGUGAUGUAUCUCGUCGUUCAAGACGGUCUCGAUGAGUGGCCUGGUGAAGAAGUUCUGCCUUCGAUGGACGGAAUUCCUAUGGACCAUUGCAUUGUGCUCACAACUACUCGACCAUGGAAACUCGCUGAUGAACGAAUCAGAAAUUCACAAAUUGACAUUCUGUUUGAUCUAGAGGGAAUAAGCGAUCCUGAAGAAUUCAAUGAAAGGAUACUACGAUGCCUACUUGACGAAUCAGCUGAUAUAAAAGCAAGCGUGAGGCUGUUUGAAGAAUUCCUCAGCAGUCGUAACCUUGAGUCAAUAUCAUCUUCGCCCAUGCUGAACACUCUUGUCCUCUCUACCUGGGUAGAUGAUAGAGCUGAGCGUCUCACCGGAUCGUCACUGUGUGAACUGUACACUACCCUGCUUGAAAAUCUGUGUAAAAAAGCUAACCCACAAAUAAGUUAUUUCGAUCGAAAUCACACAUCACCAGUAAACUGCUUUUCUCGCACGAUGUAUAUUAAACCAAACAUGGAACAUAUAGAUGCCAUAGCCAAAGCUGCGUUCUCAUUUUUGUUUUCAAAUGAAAAAGAAUCAUCACUAGUGUUUUGCGACAUAGACUUGUCGGCUCAUUUGUCUGAAACUGCAAAGCAGUUUGCACUCGAUUCAGGAAUAUUAUCUAAAAGAAAAGGUAAAAAAUGUACUGAUCAGACUUUGUCGUUUGUCCAUAAAGCCAUCCAGGAAUUCCUAACUGCUUUUCAUAUCCAUAGGAAUGCAGACGUAAUUGAUGACGUCAUUUCCGGAUAUCUCAAACGCCAUGACAAUGAAUAUUGUGAUAUGUCUCAAAUGUUUAUAUUCCUGUGUGGCUUUAACAUCUCGGCAGCGAAUAAACUGUCUUCAAUGAUGAAUGAGCUUGACGUGUAUAGCGAAUAUUGGCAUUAUUUCCAAGACUGCAUUAUCUCGGGUUAUAGGGAGGCUGUAGCCAACAAGAACACUUCAAUACACCUACAUCUGAGUCACUUUUACUUCAGAAGUGAUAAUGCCGAAGAUUUGAUCCAGAUCUGGACACUGAACACUUCACGUGCUCGAUCUUUAAAGGUAAACGAUUAUUCAGACAUGCAUGUAACAAUACGUUCACAAGACGCCGUCUCCAGAUUGUCAUGGACCUGGGCCUGUUGCUUACUUACACGUGAGGAUCCUGAGCUCUCAACACGAGACGAUGCGGAAGGAGUCAGAUCGUCUACAUCUUGUAUCGAGUUCGACUUGUCAUCGUGUCAUAACCUCGAACGGCUUGAUCUCGGGUAUGAUGUACCCGUGCUACCAAAUGCACUGGUGGGUCUGAAGAAGUUGAAACAUCUCAUAAUGUAUUGUGAAUGUGAAGCGCUUGACUUGUCAUCGUGUCACAACCUCGAACGGCUUGAGCUCAAUGGUAGGAAUUUAACCAUGCUACCAAAUGCACUGGUGGGUCUGAAGAAGUUGAAACAUCUCAUAAUGUAUUGUGAAUGUGAAGCGCUUGACUUGUCAUCGUGUCACAACCUCGAACGGCUUGAGCUCAAUGGUUGGAAUGUAACCGUGCUACCAAAUGCACUGGUGGGUCUGAAGAAGUUGAAACAUCUCACAAUGGAUUGUAAAUAUAAAGCGCUUGACUUGUCACAUUUUGAACAAAUAGAAUCAAUUGAUAUCUCCAAUGGAGUAAAUUUAUUACCACUCUCUAUUAAUAAUUAUAAAACUCUUAAAUGUAUUGAAAUAGAUACAAAAUAUGGCGGACUGGAUUUGUCAAUGUUUGAAAAUUUAAAUUCCAUAACUAUCAGCAAUGAUGUGAAAGUAUUACCGAAACCACUUCUCAUACAUAACAAACUUACUCACAUUAAAUUGCGAGGGUUUGAUUUCAACCAUGUUGACAAUAAAGCCAUUCAUACAUGGUGUCUUCUUAACGGUGCUGAUCCAGUAAUAUGUGCAGACUAUACUCCAGUACUGCCCUCCAUAGAAGACAUUGAAUUAUGGUGGGUCACGUGUUCCUCCACCUGGCUACGCAGUCUGUUAAACACGCUGUUGACUCUCGAUCAUAGGGUGACGUGUUAUCUGUUUCGCUGCAUCAUAACUGCACUCGAUCAUGAGGUGAAGAGUACGCUGCGGGGCAGUGACAUGUCAUCAUGUGAGGAGGAUGCAGUCAGCCAGUCAAAAACAUGGAUAACAACGGAUUUAAACAAUACAUGUGCAUUCGAUACCGAUGAUGAAUCUCCUGGUUUAUCGGGGACUCUGCAUAGCCUGAAUGUCAACAAUCUGAGUCUGCGGGGUACGUAUGGUCCUUUGAACGUGCAUCAUGUAUCGUCGCUGUCACAGUCACUAGCAUCCCUUCCGCAACUUGAAACGCUUACAAUUCAUUUAUCUGUUUAUAUCGACCUACAGCUUCCUCCAUCUCUGAAGCAUUUGACUGUCUGUUAUGAUGCAUUGUCUCCAUCAGAACUUCGCCAUCUGGUGAACAAACUGUGUGCAUUGACUCAAUCGGUUGAGUGUAGAUUGGAAUUAUGUUGUGGUAAUAAAAUAACAAAAGACACGGUAAAUAACAUUCAACCAGAGGAAUACAUUCCCAUCCAACAGGAACUCGAAGCUCUGAAGUGUGUUAAAGUGAAACGAUUUCGAAUAUAUGACCGGACACCUAACACCUAUUCAUGGUCUGAUGAUGCAUGGUCUGUACGUGGCAGUGUUGUUGAUGAUGGUGAUAACAGUGAUGGUAUCGGUGAAGAUGAGCUUUGUAAAAGCGAUAUAAACGGGAUUGAUAAUGGCAUGCUCAAUCGCAUAUCAAUGAGACUUCAGAUUAACUGUAGUAAAGAACAAGCCUUGAUAAACUGAAGUAAUACAUGAGUCAUGAAAUUCAUAUUUACAUAGUCAUCAUAUAUUUCCGGAAUAGUUUGGAAUAUUGUGUAAAUACGUAUUAUUAAACAAAAAAUGGUU